CUGCCGGAGGCACCAGGCGCUCGUCGAAUCGGAAGCUUAUACGCCAGCCAUCAGCACCAUGCGGCAUCCCUUAUCGCAGCAUAAUUUUUUCAACCGCAUUGCCUCCCCAUGGAGACGUUCCGCUUUCGCCUGAACUGCAUCGACCACUACCAGGCUACGCCGACGGACCUCGACCCCAUCCUGCGCCGAGGUGCAGGGCCGUCUCACCGUCAGAAUGCGCCCGCCGUCCCCGUAAUCCGCGCGUUUGGCGCGACCGAGACUGGGCAGAAAGUGUGCGCUCACAUACAUGGAGCCCUACCCUAUCUGUAUCUGGAGUACAAUGGGCGCCUGGAGAAGGAAGACGUGAACCUAUACAUUCUCAACCUCCGCGCGUCGAUUGACCACGCUCUUGCCGCCACUUAUCGCCGGAACCCGUACGAUGGAAAAGCCCUCUAUGUUGGACACAUUAGCCUCGUCAAGGGCGUGCCAUUCUACGGAUACAACGUUGGAUAUCGAUUCUUCCUGAAGGUCUACCUGCUGAAUCCAUUGCAUAUGACACGGUUCGCAGACCUGUUGUACCAAGGAGCUAUCUUGAACCGCGUAUUCCAGCCCUAUGAAAGCCACCUACAAUACCUACUACAAUGGAUGUGCGACUACAACUUGUAUGGAUGCGCUUAUAUCGACUGCGCGAGGGUCCAAUUCAGGAGUCCGGUGCCCGAUAGUGACGCAAUCGAUAUCACGACCCACAAAUGGCACGACGCAUCCAUUCCGGAACAAUUUAUCGCGGAUGUAGACCAAUAUCCGCGCCAGAGUCACUGCACUCUCGAAGUCGACGUCUCCGUACAAGAUAUCCUCAACAGACACGAGCUCCACUCUCGGCCUAUCCACCAUGACUUUCUGGAGCGAUCUUUUGAGUUGAGGCCAGACGAAAAGUUUGUCCCCUCAAUGGCUGGACUCUGGAGGGAUGAGACGCGGCGUCGGAAGCUACGCAUGGGACUCACCAGCCCAUCAAGCAGCCCAUUUCCACCGGAGGUUAUGAUAUCCAUGUCUGCUGACCCAAGAAACACCGGCAAAGGUGGCUGGAUACACGAAGAAGAGUAUCGGGAGCUUGUAGAAGAGCUCGUGCGCACAGAAAGAGACAAGAAACCGGGUGUCAACUUUGACACGUUUGUGAAGCGAACUGAAAGCGAACCCCAUAUGAAGACCGCUGUGGAGAGCGUUGAAGACCUUUAUCCGGAAAAUCUCGCAGCUGAAGAACCCUUGGACGAGGGUAAGGCUCCCGAACCGGAUGCGGAAAACGACAUCAUCGCGGAGAACCGCCAGGAAGACAUUCCAGCCGCUGAUGAAGAUGGAACCGGUGGAGACGUCGUCGUCGGGGAUGUUCAAGGCCCUGACGAUGCGGAUGCGGAGAAUGAAUCCGACGCGCAAGGCGAGCCGUCCCUAGAUCCCUUAAGCAUGUCGGAAACGUUACUCCUGAAUUCGGGCGUGGAUAACCCAGAGGUUAUUGACGAAGCCAUUGACCUCAACGAGGAUGGUGACCGUGGCGAAUCUGGUGAUUCGAGCAGUUCAAGGAAACGACAGCAUGCUUCUGAUGCCCUGGAGUCUAACAAGCGACAAAGACUCCUUACGCAAGACAACAUCCGCAAAGUUGCAUUUCGCGACACGGUGGAUGACCAGGAUAGCAAGCAUACUCCUCCCUCCCAGAGCGAAGUUGAUAAUGAACCACCCCGUCCAAGUCAAUUAUCGCAAGGUAGCAUCAAAGCGCAAGGACCCAUACGCCCAUCGACGCUCUCCUUCCCUGUAGUCAAGAAUCCGAAUGCGCCAGAGACAGUGUUACGCUUGAGCCAGUCGGGAUAUUCGAAUUCGCAAGAAGCCCCCAAGACUCCGGCGGUGAAGAAUCUCGGACACAAGGCUUCAUAUGACUCUCCAGUCACACCCUGGAGCCAUCAAAAGACCUCACCUAUCGGCGCAAGCAGCAGCAGCCCUAAAGCACAUGCCGAAGCAAUUGCUUUGACAAAACAAUUAGAACAGUCUUCCACGCAUCACUGCCGAACCCUCUACUAUGGAUACCUGCCACCUUCAGUGGACUUGGUCGAAGAGACUAUGCUGCACGCUGGUCUUCCGCCAGUCAUCUACCAGGAUGCCUAUUACAGCGAUGAGAAGGAUGUUCCAGACCGGCCACGUGAAUACGCAGGCCGCGAAUUCAAGUUGCAGAGUGCGACACUGCCUUAUCUACCUCCAUUUGAUCCUACUGGUACUUCACCGGCAAAUUUUGGAGAGCAGCCUCCCGUCGUCUGGGAUAGAGGCAAAGAAGGUGCUGAGAGUCGACUGAGAUCGCACAGAUGUACCUUGCGUCAUUGGGAGAUUUCCAGUGCCCCCCCUUCCUUUCGCGAGGUCGAGGAAUAUGAACGCGUACACCUGGAUAAAGAAGUGAUGGAAGAAGCCAAACAGGAGGUCAAGCCGGUGCAGCAGCCCAAACCACCGCCAAAGGAGCUCUCGCAGAUCGAUGGUCCAACUCAAAAGAACAAGCAUGGGUUCAAGUAUUCCCAGAAGAAGACGUCGACCAGUGUAAAACAUGAAACCCAAUACAUGAGCAUCAUGAGCCUAGAGGUGCACGUAAACUCGCGAGGAUCUCUAGUUCCGGAUCCCGCCGAAGACGAGAUCCAGUGUAUCGUCUGGACUAUCCAAGGAGAAGAAGAUGCGAAUAGCGAUCGGCCACGCGUCGGUGUCCUCUGCCUAUCUGAUGAGGACGGCAUUGCCAAGCGCAUCAUCAAACAAACAUCCGUGGAGGUGGAGUAUGAAGAGGACGAGCUCGAACUCAUCAACCGCAUUGUGGAUGUUGUACGCUACUUCGAUCCGGACAUUCUAACAGGCUACGAGGUGCACAACAGCUCGUGGGGCUACCUCAUCGAGCGCGCGCGGAUGAAGUUUGAAUACAACCUUUGCGACGAGAUCAGCAGGAUGAAGUCGCAGUCGCACGGCAGAUUUGGAAAGGAAGCCGACCGAUGGGGAUUCACGCAUACUUCGACGAUUCGUGUCACCGGCCGGCAUAUGAUUAACAUCUGGCGUGCGAUGCGUGGAGAGCUGAACCUUCUCCAGUACACGAUGGAGAACGUAGUGUUCCACCUUCUGCAUAAACGCAUUCCGCACUAUACCCAAGCCGAUCUCACAGCAUGGUAUACCAGCCCCAAGCCGCGCGACCUAGCGAAAGUUCUCGACUACUUCAUCACUAGGGUACAGUUGAACCUCGAUAUACUGGAAGCGAACGAGAUCGUUCCGAGAACCAGUGAGCAGGCACGACUACUUGGGGUCGACUUCUUCUCUGUCAUCUCGCGAGGCUCGCAAUUUAAAGUUGAGUCGACUAUGUUCCGUAUCGCGAAACCGGAGAACUUCAUUCUGGUGUCUCCCAGUCGAAAGCAGGUCGGCCAGCAGAACGCUUUGGAGUGUUUGCCAUUGGUCAUGGAACCUCAAAGCGACUUCUACCCUAGUCCUCUCCUCGUCCUCGACUUCCAGUCCCUCUAUCCGAGCGUCAUGAUCGCGUACAACUACUGUUAUUCCACAUGCCUCGGACGCAUCGUGCCGUGGCGCGGGCGAAACAAGAUGGGCUUCAUGGACUUCAAGCGGGAGCCUCAGUUGCUGGAGCUCGUCAAGGAUUACAUCAAUAUUGCUCCUAACGGUAUGAUGUACGUCAAGCCAGAGAUGCGCAAGUCGCUGCUCGCCAAGAUGCUUGGUGAGAUAUUAGAGACUCGCGUUAUGGUAAAGAGUGGGAUGAAGAUGGACAAGGACGACAAAACGUUGCAGCAGCUCUUAAACAACAGGCAGCUGGCGCUCAAGCUUUUAGCGAACGUCACGUACGGAUACACAUCGGCAUCCUUUUCGGGCCGCAUGCCAUGCUCCGAGAUCGCAGACAGCAUUGUCCAAACCGGUCGAGAGACCUUGGAGAAGGCCAUUGCCCUGAUUCACUCGGUCGAAAAAUGGGGUGCUGAAGUUGUCUACGGCGAUACUGACUCUCUCUUUGUCUACCUUAAGGGCCGUACUCGCGAUCAAGCCUUCGCUAUUGGGGAAGAGAUCGCCGAGGCUGUCACCAAGGCAAAUCCCCGACCUGUCAAGCUCAAAUUUGAAAAGGUCUACCAUCCCUGUGUCCUCCUAGCUAAGAAGCGCUACGUAGGCUUCAAGUAUGAGUCCCGCAAACAGAAAGAGCCGGAGUUCGACGCCAAAGGCAUCGAAACCGUGCGACGGGAUGGCACGCCCGCGGAGCAGAAGAUCGAAGAGAAGGCACUCAAGAUCCUGUUCCGGACCAGUGACUUGUCCCAAGUCAAGCGGUACUUCCAGGAGCAGUGCACAAAGAUUAUGUCCGGCCGCAUCAGCAUUCAAGAUUUUCUCUUCGCAAAGGAAGUCAAGCUAGGAACAUACUCAGACCGCGGCCCACCGCCUCCCGGUGCUCUCAUUGCCACAAAGCGCAUGCUUGCAGACCCACGAUCGGAGCCUCAGUAUGGUGAACGCGUACCCUACGUCGUCAUCACGGGUGCCCCCGGCGCACGACUCAUCGAUCGCUGUGUCAGCCCCGAGAUGCUGCUCCAAAACGACCAUAUAGAGCUGGACGCUGAGUACUAUAUAUCAAAGAACCUCAUCCCGCCACUCGAACGCAUCUUCAACCUGGUAGGUGCCAAUGUCCGUCAAUGGUACGAUGAGAUGCCCAAGGUCCAACGCAUCCGAAAUAUCACGCUUCCUGUCCAGAAUCAGCCGCACACCGGUAAUGCGCUCGUCGCGAACGGUAACGCUAGCCUCACAAAAACGCUUGAGAGCUACAUGAAGAGUUCAGCCUGCCUGAUCUGCCGGUCGAAACUUCCUCCGCUUCCCACAAUGUUGCCAGGCGUGGACGUCGAUGCCUACGCGAUGUUGCCACUUUGUGAGCAGUGCUUGAAGAGACCAGCGAGAGCGCUGCUGGUACUCAAGGACAGGAUAUGGAAGAGCGAGCAGAGAGCUAAGCAGGUCGAUAUGGUGUGUAGAAGUUGCUCGAAUUUCGCAUGGGGGGAGGAGAUUCGAUGCGAUAGUCGGGAUUGCCCUGUGUUCUAUACACGCAUACGCGAACGUGCUAAGCUAUCAGGCCUGAAGGAUAGCGUGGGGCAGGUGAUCGAAGUGCUGGAGGAGAAGGACGAUGAGGUGGCUGUGGAGCAAGAACCCGAAACGCAUGAGGAAGUAACGAGCAAUGACCUUGACUGGUAGUUAGACAUGAUAGAUUAGACGAGUUGGUUAUCACGAGUCCAGAAACGUAUAACAAGCCUUAACCUUCCCGCCCACAAUCGUAAGCACAUCCCACCCCUUCAUCCU